AUGAAGGAUCUUCAUUCAACACCUUUCCCUCCCCGUCACACCAGCCCAUGCGACUCCUGCGUUUUCCAGCAGCAUUCGCUCCGCAGUCCAGACUUUAGUCGAGCUUUUGUUGGUGGUCAGAAAGGCUACCAGACCUACCGGGACCUACCAUGGGAUCUUCAAAAAAUUCAUCAGCCAGCCAUCAAAAUAAGACAGCUUGAGCCCUGGAAAAUCGCUUUAAUCGUUAUUGGAACAGCAGUGGCAGCAGCUAUCACCGUUGGUCUCCUAGUUUAUUUUCUGGCAUAUGAUCAGAAGCUGUUCUAUUACAGUGCCAACGUAAAAAUCACCAACAUCCGGUACAAUAACGAGUUGUCCAGACAGUCCUCAGGAAGGUUUAGAGACUUGAGCGAGAGGGUUGAGAGACUGAUCGACAAGACAUUUAACAAUUCCAUUUUAAGGAAAAAAUACAUCCGUUCACGCUUAAUCAGAGUGAGCCCAGAGGCUGAUGGUGUGAUGGCAGAGGCUUUGCUCACCUUCUGGUUCUCCUCCACGGAUUCUAGAGAAGCGCUGCGAGAAAGAGUCGAAAGGAUCUUACGGAGGGGCCUGAGAAGAUACACGGGGCCCCUGCGAAUAAACGUCAGGUCUUCUACCAUCUCAAAUAUGGAGACGAAAAGAGCAGAAGCCCUCUUCAAUGACAUCUGUGGGUUACGGCAGAAUAGAUCGGUCAAGUCAAUGGCAAAAUCGUCGUCACUGCGGAUCGUUGGUGGACUGUCUUCUGCAGAGACCGGGGACUGGCCCUGGCAAGCUAGUCUGCAGUACAACAACAUCCAUCGCUGUGGGGCAACACUCAUCAGCGACACGUGGCUGGUGUCUGCAGCUCACUGCUUCAGAGACAUGGGUCAUCCUCAGAAGUGGACUGCUACUUUUGGAGCUGUUUUGAAGCCACCGAGCUUGAAACGAUCAGUCAAGACUAUUAUUAUUCAUGAAAAAUACCGCUACCCAGAACAUGAUUACGACAUCGCGCUUGUGCAGCUCUCCAAACGAGUUGAGUUUACGAGCAGCAUACACCGUGUUUGUCUGCCUGAGCCAUCUGAGACUUUCCCCUACAAUAUUUACGCUGUCAUCACGGGCUGGGGAGCACUUACCAACGACGGUCCAACUCCGAAUGCUCUUCAGGAAGCAACAGUGAAACUUAUUGACUCAGACACUUGCAACAGGAAAGAAGUGUACGAUGGGGACAUAACGCCCAGGAUGCUGUGUGCUGGGUACUUGGAAGGAGGAGUAGAUGCUUGUCAGGGGGACUCUGGGGGACCACUGGUUACUCCAGACUCUAGACUGAUGUGGUACCUCGUGGGAAUAGUGAGCUGGGGAGAUGAAUGUGCCAAACCAAAUAAACCUGGAGUUUACACACGAGUGACAUAUUUCCGUGACUGGAUUACCUCAAAAACUGGCAUCUAAUUCCAAAAUCAAAAAUGGAUUUAACUACAUAGACUCCGUGCAACUCCUCAUAUUUUUCUGUAAUUCUGAAAAGUUAUUUUUUUAGUAUAUAUAUUUCUGUGUAGUUUUGGCCGAAGCAACCUUUGCCUGCAGCAAGCGCUAUCUUUGCUGUCAGAGAUCCUAACCCCUUGAGAAUUUAUACCAAUAUAUGAGAUUGCUUGCCUCAUCUUUGAGCCUCAAAACAUUCUCACUUAUAAGAAAUUACGAACUGAUGUCGUCAAACUGAAAUUUUAAAGUUACCAAUCUACCUGCUUUAUAAAUACAAACAUUUUCCAGGAAAAAAAAACAACAAUAAAACAAAAAUUUUCUUCAGCCAUGGCCAAGGUCUGAAGCUGAACCUUCUUCCUCCAGUGAAGCAAAUGUUGUCACAGCUGUGUUUCUAGCAAAGUGAACCCUUGGUUAUUAUUCUUCUUAGAGACUUUCAUCUGCACAGACUGCAGCCGAGACCCUGGAUGCUCGCCCUGCUCAGUGGAUCAACCAGGACUGAGAGUCCUUAGGUCCUACCUAAGGAAAAGGAGGAUUUCUGUGCCUGCAGGAAGUUGGAGGGGAGAAGAUA